UGCGAUCCUGCCGUUGGCAUGAAGGCCUUCUUCGACAUGAUCGACAAGCAACCCAAGAAACUGGUCCUGUUCGGCGCAGCCUGCAACGCCGUCACGGACCCCAUCGCCAAAGCGUCUCAGUUCUUUCAACUCGUACAGUUGACUUAUGCCGACACGCAUCCGAUGUACACGCUGGAGAGCUACCCCAACUUCUUCCGGGUGGUGCCCUCCGAGUCCGUCUUCAACCAGGCCCGAGUUUCACUCCUCAAGCACUUCAACUGGACCCGGGUCGGCACCCUGUACCAGACGAACCCCAGAUACGCGCUGCCCCACAGCCGACUGCUGACAGUCCUGGAUUCAGCCAACAUCCAGAUCGACGAGAUGCAGGGCAUCGGGGAAGGGGAUGACAUCGAGUACGAGCUCGACAAACUCAAGGAAAAAGACGUCCGGAUAAUUUUGGGAAACUUCGACGAAUACUGGGCCCGGAAGGUGUUUUGUCAGGCCUUCAAGAUGGGCAUGUACGGGCGCAAGUACCAGUGGAUCAUCGUGGCCAUGUAUCGGGAGCGCUGGUGGGAGGCGCCCCAGGCGGACGUGAGUUGCCAGCCCUCGCAGAUGACCGAGGCCAUCGAGGGCUACAUCGGCACCGACCUCCUGCCGCUCAGCACCAGCGAGAAUAUCACCGUCUCGGGACUCACGCCCACGGAGUACGAGGCCGAAUACAACCUGCUCCGGACGGGCGAGUACUCCCGCUUCCACGGGUACGCCUACGACGGCAUCUGGGCCUUGGCGCUGUCCAUCCACGCGGUCAUCGUGCGCCUGCGUGCCAACGACACGCGCAUCUCGGAGUUCGACUACCGACGCCACAGCUGGGGACGCCUCUUCAAGGAGGCCCUCAACGACACCAACUUCAUCGGGGUCACGGGACCCGUGCGAUUUUUUCGCAAUGAAAGGAAAGGUCAGAUCCUCCUCAAGCAGUUUCAAAAAGGAGAGGAGGUGAAGAUUGGCGAGUACGACUGCCUUACCGAUGCCUUAGACCUCGCCAAGGGUUUGCCAAUUAUAUGGCGAGGAGGGCUGGAUCCCCCGAUGGACCGGACCCUGAUCGUGAUCGAGAGGACGCGCGUGAACCUGACCAUCUACGCGGUCCUGUGCAUCCUCUGCGUGCUGGGAAUCAUUCUGGCGUCCGUCUUCCUGGUCAUCAACGUCAAGUUCAGAAACCAGAGGUACAUCAAGAUGUCUAGUCCGUACCUGAACAACCUCAUCAUCGUUGGCUGCAUCCUCACCUACACCAGCGUCAUCCUACUGGGCAUGGACUCCGGCUUCACAUCCGUCACAAACUUUCCAUACAUCUGCGCGGCGAGAGCCUGGGUCCUGAUGUCUGGCUUCACGCUCGCGUUCGGCGCCAUGUUCAGCAAAACGUGGCGCGUUCACGCAAUCUUCACAAACAUCAAGCUCAACAAAAAGGUCAUCAAAGACUACAAGCUGUUCAUGGUGGUCGGAGUGUUCCUCAUGCUGGACGUCAUCAUCCUGACCACCUGGCAGAUCGUGGACCCUUUCUACCGGGAAGCCAGGCAGGGACAGCCAGUGGCGUCCCACGGCAACGAGGACGUGUCGGUGAUUCCCGAGAUGGAAUUCUGCCAGAGCCAGAAGAUGACCAUCUUUCUGGGCUCCAUCUACGCCUACAAGGGCCUGCUCAUGGCGUUCGGUUGCUUCCUGGCCUGGGAGACCCGGCACGUGAGCAUCCCGGCCCUCAACGACUCCAAGUACGUGGGCAUGAGCGUGUACAACGUGGUGAUCAUGUGCAGCAUCGGCGCGGCUAUCUCGUUCGUGCUGCGCGACCAGCAGGACGCCGCCUUCAUCAUCAUCUCCGUCUUCAUCAUCUUCUGCUCUACCACCACACUCUGCCUCGUAUUCGUACCCAAGCUUGUGGAACUUCGGCGAAACCCGCAGGCCGGCGAGCACCGCGUUCGGGCUACCCUGAAGCCGCUGAAGAAGUCGAGGCGUGAUUCGGACGACGAGAGCCUCUUCACCAGAAUCAAAGUGCUGCAGGACGAAAAUAUGCGCUACAGGCAGCGAUUAGAAGAGAAAAACAUUGAACUGCAGUCAUUAGUGUUAAAAUUGAAAGAUGUAGAACCGGUGAUAGUUGUUACCCACGACGCCAUUACGACCAUUCCAGAAGUUAGCUCACCUUCGCAGAUGGAGACAUCAGAAAGAGAAAAUAGCAAAGAAGAUACGACCUCGAUCGUGUCCAUCAGGUCCGUAACAGAAGAGGACAGUCUUCUAGAGAAAUCGGUGAAAAGGAAGCUUUCGACGGCGUCGCUUCAGGGCAGCCCGCCAGCGCCUGCCCUGGCCGGCAGCGCGGCCGUGACGGCCAUGGGCGCCGUGCGGGCCGUGCGCCAGCAGCGUUCGGGCAGUGUGCAGCUCAGGCCCCAGGCUUCGUCGCAAGCAAGAACACAGCAGCCGUCGAUGCACCAGUUCCACGCCCUGGGGGGCAGCGAAGAGCCCUUCCGCAGGACGCCCCUCGUGAACGGCCUGUCCGCCUACGCCUCGGACAGGGCCCGCUGCGAGCCGCUCAGGCCCCAGCCGCCGUCCUCCUCCUCUGACGCGGACACCCUGGCAAGUCCCCAGCAGAUGAGCGUGCGACGGCGUGCCAAGAGCCUGGGAACUCUCCGGGGCCCCGGGGGCACGUCCCGCGACUCCCCAGCGGUCGUGUCGCUCAUCGAACACGACUCCGGAGACGGCAGGGCCGCGACGGGUUCGCAGACGCCGCUGCUACCCUUCCUGCCGCUCUUCAGCCGCCUAGUACAAGACCGGACGGCGCUGUACUCCAGCUACCCCUCCAUCAAGUGUGAUAUAGUCGAGUACUUAUGA